AUGAAUCCUAGCAUAGAGUUCAUUGAGGACAAGUCUGUUUUCUCAACCCCUCAUCUGUGUUUUUCCCAGAUGCUGUCGUUAUUGCCAACACGGACUCUCAGGCUGUUGGAAUUUGUGGGCUUUUCUGGUAACAAAGAGUUUGGUCUUGAGCAGCUCCAGGAGGGCUCCGCUGAGCACACGUUUAGGUCUUUCCUGUGUAACAUGUUGUUGCUUUGCUAUCACACCUUCAUGAGCUUCAUUUUAGGCACUGGAGAGGGAGAUGUAGAAGAUGCAGAAAAGCUUCUGCAGCCUUAUCUGAAAAAGUAUCCAAAGGUUGCUCUCAGCAGCAUGACUGCUGACAAACAAAGCUGA